GUACUACCUCGCUCACACUUGCUACAACCGGGCGUCACUCAACGCCUGCAUGUUGCCCGAUAAGAGCAAGCGGCUAAGCUCAUAAGGGCAAUAAGAUUGAGACAAUAACUCAACCGCUACUUCUUGCUCAGCGCAGAGAGUUCAGAUCUUGUUCGAGUUCUUUACUUGACUGAGCUUCUUGGUUUCUUCUCCAUUGCCAGAGCCAUUUAUUCUCACUGUGAUGACUCGGCGCAGGGGAGUCUUUCAUUGCUGCAGACAUACCUGUGCGCUUCGCCUCUGAAGUCAACAUCCUCCAGAUCGGCAGCCUCGGCUUUAGAGCGACUCGAAAUGGAGACCCCGAAGAACGAUACACUGAGCCAUGGCAGCGACGAGGAUAGACUCAUCAGCCUUGGCCACAAGCCUGAGCUCAAACGGACAUAUAAUUUUUGGAGCUCAUUCACAGUGAUGGCAUACCAGACCACGAUUUUGUGUUCCUGGUCUUGCAAUAUUGUCAUGUUCUACUACAUAUUUACCUUGGGUGGCCCUGUCUGCCUCGUUUGGGGAACAGUCCUGGUGACGAUUGGGCAAAUCUUUGUCAUGGCGUCUCUGGCGGAAUACACUUCAAUCUGGCCGACAGCAGGUGGUCAGCAAUUCUAUACCCAGGUCGUUGCGCCGGAAAAAUUUCGACGGUUCUUGUCCUAUGUGGUUGGCUGGUGUGUCUUGGUGGGCGAGAUCUCGACAAGCAGCAGCUGUGCACUUAACAGUGCGGAGAUCGUUACCGCACUGGUCGAGAUUAUACACCCAGAUGUCGAUUGGAAGCCUUAUAUGACCUGGUUGAUUUACACCGGCUUCCUUGUGGCACCCGCCGUUUCCAAUCUGAUGCCGAGGUAUUUGCCAGCCUUGCAGAUUUUUGGCGCAUUCUUCAACAUCAGCAAUGGGAUUGUCUGGGCCAUCGUUUUCCUGGUCAUGGCAGACAAGAACAGUGCGAAAUUCGUCUUUACAGAUUUCCUCAAUACCUCUGGGUGGACGUCGAGGGGCUGGGUCUUCAUCCUUUCAAUGUACGUUCCUAUUUACGGGCUCUAUGGAACGGAUGGCGUGAUGCAUCUGGUCGAAGAGAUGAAGAACGCUUCUCGCGAUGCCCCACGUGUCAUGAUAUGGUCCAUGGUCUGGGCUGGAGUCACAGCCUGGCUAUCGGCCAUUGUAAUGUGUUUUACGGUAGGACCUAAUUGGGAGACCUACCUUGAGGCCACCUCGUCAUAUGUGGCCUGGUUCAUGGAUGUAUUGGAUUCGACAUAUGGUGGCGGCAUAUGGUGUGCCGUCAUGAUGAUGGGUUUGAACUAUCUUAUCAUCGUCAACAUGAACACGGCUGGCUCGCGGCUCGCCUGGUCCAUGGCCCGAGAUCGAGCAUUCCCUUUCUCCGACUACUUCGCACAAGUCAACAAGCGAUUUACCAUGCCGCUACGGGCUAUGGUCGGCGUCCUCGUGCUCAACCUCCUUGUUGGCUUGCUGGUUCUUGGUAGCGACCUGGCCUUCUACGCAAUUAUCUCGGGUGGUGGCGUUGCCUUGCAAGUCUCAUACUGCGUGCCGAUACUAUGCGUGGUACUGAGAGGACGACAGCAUCUUCCUCCACGACCUUACUUUGACCUUGGUCGAUGGGGCUAUACCGUCAAUAUCAUCUCUCUGCUCUGGAGCAUCAUCGUGGUGCUGUUCUAUAUCUUCCCACAGUACGUGCCAGUGGUCGGAGAGAUCGCAAACAUGAACUGGGCAAUUGCUAUCCUUGCUGCAGUCGUGCUCCUGUGCGGAGUUUACUGGGUCUGGAAGGGUCGACACGAGUAUCUGGUCCUCAGCAACUCCAUCCUCGACGACAAUGUUGUCAUUCAUGGACAUGCAGUAGUGACUGGUAGAACUGCUGCGGCAACAUAUGGACAGCGUCAAGAAACGACGAAGAAUCUUUGACCUUGACCAGUGUCGGCGUUUAAUGGUUUGAUAUGCUGCAGCUAUCGCAAGCAAAAAGACCGUCUGACCUGUUUGAGAUGAAUAUGAAUGUACUGCGUAUGCUAAAUAGACUCAAUGCGACAUGGCUUACCAGUACCAG